AUGCGUGUCACAACCCUCGGGGAUGUGACGCGGACCUACCCCAACAAGGUGGCAGGGUGGCUCCGAGUUGAGGGGACCACGUAUGCCUUUUUCGGAUCCACUCACGCCACAAGUGUUCGAGUCAACGGUGUGUCAGUGUACCCAUCAUCCGGGAAGACCUUGCCGCAUCUUUGGGACGUGCGCCGCCGACGCCAACAAUCCCAAGACUUUUGGCGAACCUUGGAUGCCCAGCCUUUCAGCGUUGAACUGGAGGUGGGUGCAGGCGACUUGGAUGUUUCCUUCGGCAGUGAUGUCGUCCGAUCCUUCUCCGUCGCAGUCACCACAAACCCAGCGCCAAAAGACCAGACCUUCACCAGCCGAGUUUCUCCUGGAGGGAACGGCUGUGGCAAAGUAGAUGAUCAGUAUUGGACGUGUGCUGGCGAGGGGCCUGAGCUGCUGACCGCAGUCUUCACGGGAGAUGCCAUCAUCCGCUUCAACAUGCGCAUGAAAGACAACGAUAUCCACAGUGCGGCCGCCAUCAUUCUCCGGCACACCUCGACUGAACAGUCCUUGCUAUUUUUGGAUGCUUCUGCCAGCAAGCCUACGCUUGCGGUGGAGGGCUACAUGUUCGGGGGCCCUACGAAGGUCGUCGGGGAUUCGCCAAUCAGAGCUGCUGUGUGGCAUGACUACGAGGUGGGAAGGGUGGAGGGUGCCUUUUACGUCUGGAUGGACAACAAGAUGCUUCUGCACUGGAAGGAUUCAAAGGUGGAUCAUGGAACAGAUUGCUCUUUUCUUAUUCGCCCAUGGCGCAGCAUUAUCGAUGUGAAGGACAUUAAGUACGAAACAGUCCGGAACACCAUCACAGUGCUCGGCACGACACAUCCUCAGGGAAACGCGGGGAAGUACUUCAACUUCGACAGGGAUGACCUUGCCCUUCCUGAGGGCAAGUCCAUCGGUUCUGGCUAUGUGGAGGGCGAACGUUGGAGGGGAAGGCGAGUGGGUGCGAAGGAGGGAACCACAUACCUUCAUUGCCGCGGAGGCGUGAGUCGUGGUCGGAAGCGGCUGCAGCUUUGGACGUUCAACGGCUUGGAUGAUGGAGACAGCCAUGGUCGCAGGGAAGAUGAUGCGAAAGAUGGAGAUUUCCAGAAAGGCGACAAGCUCACAACGGCGCGAUGGUGCGGGCUGGCUGUGUAG